GUGAAGGACAAUCCACCACGAGGCCUCCGUUGUUUGACGGAACGAACUACACGUAUUGGAAGGAGCGGAUGAGGACUUACAUCCAAUCCACCAACUUUCUCCUGUGGAGAAUCAUCAAGAAGGGCGAAGAUAUGCCUAUGAAGAAGGAAAAUGAGAAAAUCAAUGAGAUGUUUGAACGAUUCUCAAAAAUCGUGAACGACAUUCACGCUCUCAAGAAGACGUACAGGGACAAGGAGCUCGUGAGAAAAAUCCUGCGAAGUCUCACACCAGAAUGGUGCUCUAAAGCCGAUGUUAUCCAAGAUUCCACUGGCAUCACCAACGUCACCAUCGACGGGCUUAGAGGUAACCUCAAAACCUAUGAGUCUACCAUCCUUUUUCCCUUUUUAGGUGAACAAAAGAAGAAGGGGAUUGCACUCAAGGCUUCCACAAGCCAAGAACCCACCAUGGAGGAAUCAAGUGAUGAAGACAACGAGUUCAGGCUCAUUAUCAAGAAAUUCCACAAGUUCAUGCGAAAGGAGUAUGAACGAAAGGGCAAGAAACAUGGAGGACCACCCAAAUGCUAUGGGUGUGGAGAAAUUGGGCAUAUCAAGCACCGAGCUUACAUCUCGUGGGGAGGUGAUUCCGGCGACGAAUCAUCGGAAGGCGAAGAAAACGAAAGUGCCAACCUUUGCCUCAUGGAACACGAGGAACCACCGGAAGAGGUAUGUACCAUUUCUAAAGAUUCCUACACUUUUGAUGAUGUUCAAGAAGCUUUCAAUGAACUUUAUGAUGAAUAUGUCAACGCUUCUAAAAUUAACAAGGAUUUAAAGAAACAACUUAAUUCUAUGGAGAAGGAAGUUGAUAAACUAUCAAAAGAUAAUGAAAAACUUAAAGAAGAAAAUAAGUUUUUCGGAAAAAGAAGCACCGACAAACAGGAAAUUUCCAAAUGUAAUUCUUGUACAUCACUUAAGCAACAAGUUGCAAAACUUGAAAGAACCUUGAAGAAGUUUGGUGUUUCUCAUAAAAAUCUUAAUGGUGUUCUUGAUAAUUUGCAACUCACUAAACAUGGCUUAGGUAAGGCUUAUAGAGUCUUCAACAAACGCACCUUAACCGUUGAGAAAUCUCCUCAUGUUGUCUUUGCCGAAAAUGAUACUCGCUUGGUGAGAAAGGUUUCUUGUGAUGAUCUUGUAGAUUCAUUAGAGAACAUCUAUCUCAAUGACGAAGGAAACAACUCAAAGGAAGCCCAAGACGAAGAAGGAGAGCCACCUAUGAACGAGGAACAACCACAAGAGGAAGAAACGCCAAUGUCAAGGGCAUGGAGGACUUCAAAGGACCAUCCUCUUGACAAGGGGCCGCUGAACUUUUCAAACUUCAGGAGCAAACCAAUGUCAGUCGACAAGCAACAUUAUGUCAAUCGACUAACAGGGUUCGCAGAUCCUUCAGCGGAAAAUCUGAGAAUGAGUCAAGAAUCUGCCCACGGACAAGGCAACAACAAUGAACACGUUAGUGUUCAUACUGAAGCAUCUAGUUUCACCCCUCCCGUCCAAAAUGAACCUGUCAAUCAACAAAAUGUUGGGAAUAACCCGAACGCUGGUGGUCAACCCGAGCUUGUGAUUCCAACUUUUCUGGCUAAUGUGUUACAACAGAUUGCAAACGCACCAAUGUUUCAACCACCUCCACCACCACCACCUCGUGUGGUAACCUACAAAACACUAAGGGAUAAUGGUGCGGAGAUAUUCUUUGGGGAUCGCAUCGCCAAACCCCAAAUUGCAUGGGAUUGGAUCGAGCAGACGGCUCGGGUGUUGGAAAAUCUUAACAUACCCAUUGACAAUUAUCCUAGACUGGCUUCUCAAUUGCUUCGAAAGGAAGCCUACGAGUGGUGGAAGAGGACCGAUGAGAGUGCAGGAACUCCUAAGCCAUGGACAUGGGCACAUUUCGAAUGGGCAUUCAAGCAAGAAUAUAUUCCAAAACGUUUUAGUGAAGAAAGACGUACGGAAUUUGUCGAACUGCAACAGGGAGACAUGACACUCCCUGAAUAUCGUCAGAAGCUCACCAAACUUGCAAACGUUGCGCCAACCUUGGUGAGUACCCCAACCGAUCGCAUUGAGGAGUUCAGGAAGAAACUUCGACCUGACCUCAGGUCACGUGUGUCCGUCCUUACCACCGUGGAUUUUGCAAAGGCCUACGAGAUCAUAGCUAGGGCAGAUAGUGACCUGAGUGCUUGCAUAGAGUAUUUAAAGGCAAACAAUGCUGGCUCAAGCACUCACCGUCCCACUAGCUCUGCCUCAAAAGGAAAAAGGCCCUUCCAAGAAUCUAGCAGUUCGCACUUCUCAAAGAAAGGGAAAUCGGCACAGACGCACUCCGUGGCGUCGGAAAGCAAAUCAAAAGGGUGGAAACACCCAUUGUGUGAUACGUUCGCCGGAGCAAGCCGUGGUGUUCGCCGGAAGUUUCACCGUUUUUCCGCCGGAAUCAUCGUUUCACUCCGAAGUAACCCCGUAGAUAUAUCUAGUGAUUAGAAUGUUCGUAUAGAUCGUUUCUACGUUCAUAAAUGGUCAUUUGGUUGAUUUUGUGUUUGACAUAUGUGAAGAACCAUGAAUCAUAAACCUUGAAUUUGUUGUUAAAACUUCGAAUUGAUGCCUCUAAAAUGAUCUACAAACCUUGGAGAAUAUUUCUAUAUAGUUUAAUUGAAGUUUGGUAACCAAAAAUGGAACUUGAGAAAAAUGGGUUAGAGGUUGAAGAUGAUGAAUAGUAAACCUUCAAUUCCCUG